UAACUCUUAGAAUCACUAGUCGUUCGUAAAAGAAAUAAUUCAAAAUCGAAAUUUUUCAACUUAAGUUGAAAAUGUUGUUCUUUCCCUACGUUCUAUGUAUUUUAUUCACCUCUACGUUAAAAAGUAUUUAUUUCUAAAAGAAUUGUUCUAGAUAUUUUCCACUCUACAUUGAACUCAACAGUACCAAUACUCACAUCUCGCCUUAUUUCAUACGUUGAAAAGUGGUGAGGGUUAUUAAUUGAUCGAGUACAAAAGCAUCGUCAGAAAAAUAUUUUCUCAAAAUUCAACCAUCGCAACCGUUCUAACGUAAAUAGUGAUAGACUGAUUCAGAAAAAAUUGCACAAAUCCAUCACUUCUGGGUUUGGAAAUGUUAACAAUUGAAAUCUAACUUUGCAUAAUUGCCAAGGAAAAUAUCUCUGAAUUUGCUUUUAAAAUGGAAAACAAACAUGUGUUCUGUGAUGCAAUGUUACAAGAAGCAAUGUUUAUCAUCAAACACGGAAAGCUUGAAGAUUUUGAACACCUCUUAGAGGAAUGCCUUGAUAUUAAUACAAUCAUAUUAGAAGAUAGUUCCAGUAAGAUCAUACACAUAGCAUCUCUGUUUAGCCGAUGUGAUAUAAUUGAAUUGCUUUUAACAAAAGGAGUUGAAGUUAGUGAAACUGACAGGGAGGGGAGCACAGCCUUACACUACGCGGCAGAAAAAGGACAUUUAGAAAUCGUAAAGAUUUUAAUCAGAAAUGGGGCAAAUGCGAGUGCUGAAGUCUAUGAUAUAGGAUCGAAAUACUGCCAUAUUGCAUCCAAAUUUGGUCGCAGAAACAUUCUAGAAUUUUUUUUCAGUGAAGGUGGUAAUGCGAAUGAAACUGAUAAAGUUGGAUGGACAUUAUUGCACUAUGCUGCUGAGAACAAUGAUGUGGAUUUUGUGGAAUAUAUAGUUGAUAAUGGUGCUAAUAUCCAUGCAGAGAGUAAUGAUACAGGUAUGAAACCCAUACAUAUUGCUUCGCAAAGUGGUUGUGGAAAAGUUUUGGAUUAUUUUUUAUUUAAAGGAGUAGAUGUUGACACUGUUAAUAAACUCGGUUACACCUCAUUACAUUUAGCUGCAUCUGAGGGAAAGCUUGAAACAGUUGAGGUGCUUUUGAAACAUAAAGCCAACAUUCAUGCUGCUGAUGAAGAUGGUAAUCAAGCAAUUCAUUUCUCUUCAAAAUUUGGACACAGAGAUGUACUAAAUUUCCUUCUUCAUAAUGGUUCCAAUGUUCAAGAUGUCAGUGAAAAUUUCUAUACGCCUCUACAUUUUGCAGCAUUAAACGGGAAUCUGGAUGUAAUCCUCGAUCUUAUUGAAAACGGAGCUAACAUAAAUGCUAAAAUUAAAUAUGGUGAGUCUUCGCUACAUUUGGCAGUCAAAUCGGGCAAUGUUAAUGUUGUAAAAUAUUUUCUCGACCUUGGAUUAAAAAUAAAUGACAAAGAUGAUGAUGGCUGGACUCCAUUGCAUUAUGCUUCGCUAUGCGGCCAUAUAGGAGUCGUUAAACUGUUGAUUAAUAAUGGUGCUAACAUCUACUGCAAAAAAAAUGAUGGCCUGAAACCUAUUCAUGUGGCGGCUGGGAAUGGCCAUACGCAAACAGUUGAGUAUUAUAUCAAUAAAGGAUGCGAUGUAAAUGAAUUAAAUACAAAUCCCCGUUGGACUUGCUUACACUAUGCUUCUCAAAAAGGUCUUCUGAAAAUGGUUCAGUAUCUUUUUUAUAACCAUGCCAAUAUUCACGUUGAAUCCAGUGAUUAUGGAAAAGCUAUUCAUGUCGCCGCGUUGGAAGGAAAAACUAAAAUAAUUGAAUUUUUUAUUUCUGUUGGAAUGAGCAUUGAUGAGCACAGCAGUAAAAAAUGGACACCGCUUCAUUGGGCUUCAAUAGGGGGUAAAUUAGAAACGAUUGAAUAUUUAGUUCAAAAAAGGGCAAAUAUAUAUGCAAAAACCUAUGAAAAUUAUAGCGUGUUGCAUCUGGCUGCAAAACAUGGGCACAAAAAUGUAAUAGAGUAUUUUUUGAAUCUCGGGCUUGAUUUUAACAAAAGGGAUAAAAAGGGUUGGAAACCGUUACACCAUGCUGCAUGUGCAGGGGCCGUUGAUAUUGUCAAGCUCCUUGUCGAAAAAGGUGCUGAUUAUGUAGAAAUGUUUGGGAGAGUUGCCAAACCUCUACACAUUGCAGCUAAAAAUGGUCACGUAGAAGUUAUUAAAACUUUUAUUGAACUUGGGCAAGAUCCUAAUUCAUUAGGUCCAGAUGGUCCAGAUAAUAAUACUCCACUGCACAUAGCUGCCGAAAAAGACACAAUUAGCGUUAUAAAUUUCCUCGUGGAAAAGGGAGCCAACCCUCACAUUACAAAUUCUGAAGGGGAAAAACCCAUUCACAUUGCUGCGCGUCAUGGUAACAAGAAAGUUGUUGAGUUGUUUCUCAAUAUGGGUAUUAGUGUAGAUGAAAAGAAUGAAGAUGAUUGGACACCUUUGCAUUACUCCAUUGUAAAUCAACAGUUAGAGCUUGUAAAAUAUCUAGUGAAUAGGAAAGCGAACAUAAAAUCGAGAACUAAUGUCGGGGUUUCCCCUUUAUGUUUAGCUGCUAUGUUCAGACCGCUUAGAGACAUUUACAGACAUCUAUGUAAACACGAAGACGAUUUGUGCGACUUGAAUUUCAGAAAUAGGCGUGCAAAUGAAGAAAUUUUAGAAUUUCUGAUAAAGAAAGAUGCUGAAAUCAACGCUGUUAACAAGCAAGGAUGGACUGCUUUGCAUUAUGCAAUAGGAGAUGCCGUAGGUAUGAGAGUGUUGUAUAUUGUUGAAAAGUUAAUUGAAGCAGGUGCCAAGCCAGAUAUACAAGAUACUGAUGGAAACACACCUCUACAUCUCGGUAUUGAGGAACGUUAUACUUGGGCAGUAAGCAAAAUGUUGGAAGCAAACCCGAAUUUAGACAUUAAAAAUAAAGAAGGCGAAACGCUAUUGUAUUUAGCUUGCAGAAAUCAACUCACUGAUAUAAUGAUAAUGCUAUUAGAAGCAGGAGCAAAUCCUGAUAUCAAAGACAAUGACGGCCGUACAUUUAUUUAUUAUUAUAUCCAUGAAUAUUUAGUUUCGUACGAUGAUGAAAAUCUACUGAAUGCUGAAAGUAUUCUGGGUAAAAUAAAAUCUUUUACUGAUAUUGAUGAUAAAGAAAAUAAUUCUGCUGUCCAUCUGUCAGCUGAAGGUCUUUGGAAUUUUGAUUUUUUUAAACUCGUCGUAAGCCACCAAAAAGAUGUCAAUGUUAUUGAUGCAAAUGGUGACACCCCUUUAAACUACUUAACUGAAGAAUGGGCUCUUUCUCAAGGGGAAGAUUGUAUUUCUUUCAUCAAGCAUCUUAUUGAUAGUGGUGCUUAUUUCAGACCGAUAGAUUGUCAAAGAAUACUAGAAAAUAAUCAAGUAAGGGAUGUAAUUUUUACUGACGUAAAGUUAUGUUCUAAGUCAAUAGUAAACAAGUUUAAUAAAGUGGAUUUGCCAGCUUUGUAUCGUUCACCACUAUUUUCAUACCUACCUCCCAUUGAUAAAAUAAAAUUAAAUCGUCCUCAAAUUCAUAACAUAGAAAUAAAUGUAGAAAAGGAAAUACUAAGCAACGGGUAUUGUGAUGUAUCUACAAUGCUACCACCAUUGCUUGUUAUUGCUUCAGUGGUUUCUCUUGCCAAGUAUUAUGGACAGUCUCACGAACUCAAAUGCAUGAUGCAGUUAAAAAAAAGCCAUUUCCAAGAACCAUAUGACGGACCCUCUGCUGUUGUUUCUGAAAAACUGAUCACAAAUUGCCGAAACAAUAGAGGCUUAUGUGAUUCGAUAGACAGUGCCAAACCAGCGUUUCUAAAGGCUAAUAUGCAAGACGUCGCUGGCUUACUACCUCGUGCAAUCGACUCUGAACCACAAAAUGUCGACCUGCUCCUAAUCGAACAACAAGCCCUGAACAAUCAAAUUGGCAUACUAUUACCGAAUAAUUUGCACAAUAUAACGAGUGAAAAUAUUACCGACUUUUCUUUCAAAAUGGAAAACAAACGUAAGUUCUGUGAUGUUGUCAUACAAGAAGCAAUGUUUAUCAUUAAACACGGUACGCUUGAUGAGUUUGAACGCCUGUUAGAAGAAGGCCUUGAUACUAAUGCAAUCAUAGUCGAAAAUCGUUGCAGCAAGAUGAUACACGUAGCAUCUUAUUUUGGCCGAUGUGAUAUAAUUGAAUUGCUUAUAACAAAAGGAGUUUGCGUUAGUGAAACUGAUAAACAGGGGCGCAAACCCUUACACUACGCAGCAGAAAAAGGGCAUUUAGAAAUUGUAAAGAUUUUAAUCAGAAAUGGGGCAAAUGCGAGUGCUGGAGGAGGUGGUAUAGGAUCGAAAUACUGCCAUUUUGCAUCCAGAUUUGGUCGUAGGAACAUUCUAGAAUUUUUUUUCAGUGAAGGUGGUGAUGCGAAUGAAACUGAUGAAAUUGGUUGGACAUUGUUGCACUAUGCAGCUGUGAACAAUGAUGUGGAUAUUGUGGAAUAUCUAGUUGAUAAUGGUGCUAAUAUCCAUGCAGAGCAAUUUGCUACAGGUAUGAAACCUAUGCAUAUUGCAUCAGAAUAUGGUUGUGAAAAAGUUGUAGAUUAUUUUUUACUUAAAGGAGCAGGUGUUGACACAACUAAUAAAUUCUGUAACACCUCAUUACAUUUAGCUGCAUCUGAGGGAAAGCUUGAAACAGUUGAGGUGCUUUUGAAACAUAAAGCCAACAUUCAUGCUGCUGAUGAAGAUGGUAAUCAAGCAAUUCAUCUUUCUUCAAAAUAUGGACACAGAGAUGUACUAAAUUUCCUUCUUCAUAGUGGUUCCAAUGUUCAAGCUGUCGGGGAAAAUUUCUGUACGCCUCUACAUUUUGCAGCAUUAAACGGGCAUCUGAAUUUAAUUCACGAUCUUAUUGAAAAUGGAGCUAAUAUAAAUGCCAAAAACAAAUAUGGUGAGUCUUCGUUACAUUUAGCAGUCAAAUCGGGCAAUGUUAAUGCUGUAGAAUAUUUCCUCACCCUUGGAUUAAAAAUAAAUGCCCGAGAUGAUGAUUAUGGCUGGACUCCAUUGCAUUAUGCUUCGCGAUGCGGCCAUAUAGGAGUUAUUGAACUGUUAAUUAAUAAUGGUGCUGACGUCAACGGCAGAAGUAAUGGUGGCGAAAAGCCUAUUCAUGUGGCGGCUAACAAUGGGCAUACGCAAACAGUUGAGUUUUAUAUCAAUAAAGGAUGUGAUGUUAAUGAAUUAAAUACGAAAUACCAUUGGACGUGCUUACACUAUGCUUCUCGAGAAGGUUUUCUUGAAAUGGUUCAGUAUCUUUUUGAUAAACAUGCCGAUAUUCACGUUGAAUGCAGUGAUUAUGGAAAAGCUAUUCAUAUCGCUGCUAUAAUAGGACAAACUGAAAUAAUAGAAUUUUUUAUUUCUAUUGGAAUGAGCAUUGAGGAGCCCAGCAGUAAAAAAUGGACACCGCUUCAUUGGGCUUCAAAAGGGGGUAAAUUAGAAACGAUUGAAUAUUUAGUUCAAAAUAAGGUAAAUAUAUUCGCAAAGACUUAUGAAAAUUAUAGCGUGUUGCAUCUGGCUGCGAAACAUGGACACAAAAAUGUAAUAGAGUAUUUCUUGAAUUUAGGGCUUGAUUUUAACGAACGGAAUAAAAAAGGUUGGCAACCUUUACACUAUGCUGCAAGGAAAGGGGCCGUUGAUAUUGUCAGUCUCCUUGUCGAAAAAGGUGCUGAUUAUGAUGAAAUGUUUGGGAGAGUUGCCAAACCUCUACACGUUGCAGCUCAAAAUGGUCACGUAGAAGUUAUUAAAACUUUUAUUGAACUUGGGCAAGAUCCUAACUCAUUUGAACCAGGUAAUAAUACUCCACUGCACAAAGCUGCCGAAAAAGGCACAAUUAGCGUUAUAAAUUUUCUAGUGGAAAAGGGAGCAGACUCUCACAUUAUAAAUUCAAAAGGGGAAAAACCCAUUCACAUAGCUGCGCGUCAUGGUAACAAGGAAGUUGUUGAUUUGUUUCUCAAUAUGGGUAUUAGUGUAGAUGAAAAGAGUAAAGAUGAUUGGACACCUAUGCAUUACUCCAUUACGUAUCAUCAGUUAGAGCUUGUAAAAUAUCUAGUGAAUAGGGAAGCAAAACCGAGUUUAGACAUUAAGAAUAUAGAAGGUGAAACGCCAUUGCAUUUAGCUUACAAAAAUAAACGCACUGAUAUAAUGAUAAUGCUAUUAGAGGCAGGAGCAAAUCCUGAUAUCAAAGACAAUGGCGGCCGUACAUUUCUCUAUUAUUAUAUCCAUGAAUAUGUUGAACGUUUAGUUUCGUAUGAUGAUGAUAGAAAUCCACUGAAUGCUGAAAGUAUCUUGAGUAAAAUAACUUGUUUUACUGAUAUCGAUGAUAAAGGAAAUAAAUCUGCUGUCCAUCUGUCAGCUGAAGGUCUUUGGAAUUUAGAUUUUUUUAAACUAAUCUUAAGCCACCAAAAAGAUGUCAAUGUUAUUGAUGCAAAUGGUGACACCCCUUUAAACUACUUAACUGAAGAAUGGGCUCUUUCUCAAGGGGAAGAUUGUAUUUCUUUCAUCAAUCAUCUUAUUGAUAGUGGUGCUUAUUUCAAACCGGAAGAUUGUCAAAGAAUACUAGAAAAUCAUCAAGUAAGAGAUGUGCUUUUUACUGACGUAAACUUGUGUUCUAAGUCAAUAGUAAACAAAUUCAAUAAGGUCGAAUUGCCAGCUUUGUAUCGUUCACCAGUGCUUUCAUACCUACCUCCCAUCGAUAAAAUGAAAUUAAAUCGUCCUCAAAUUCAAAGCAUAGAAAUAAAUUUAGAAAAGGAAAUACUGAACAACGGGUAUUGUGAUGUAUCUACAAUGCUACCACCAUUGCUUGUUAUUGCUUCAGUGGUUUCUCUUGCCAAGUAUUAUGGACAGUCUCACGAACUCAAAUAAUAACAGAAAUAGCUAUUUUUGGAAAAGUUUUCUUUGUAUUUUGCUCCUUGUUUUAAUGUAUUGAUCUUAGAGUUUGUAAGUUUUCAUCAAUUCCUUGCAACACGUUAUAAAUCAAAUUCUCGUUCAAUUGUUUUGUAACUUAACUUUUGCUAACUAACAAAUUAUAAGGCAUACCUUUCCUCUAAUUAAUUAUUUACUUAUUAUUUAAAUUAUGAUGUAAUAUAUUUAAUGCCUCAACUUCUUUGUUUACGAAAUCAAGUUUAAAAUGAGAGAUUGAUACACAUAGAGCUAUAUAUUUAAUAAAUAAUUUGUUAUAACUUU